CUGCAGAUUUUUCUACAGUACAGUUGAUCUGAUCUCCAGCUUGUGAAAGCGGUCAAGCUCCAGACAGAUAGGUCGAAGAAGAGAGGAGCUAUCCAAAAACAUUUAGCUACUUUGGUGUUACUCAGAUCCAGGAGGUGAAGAUCAUUUAAGUGCGUGUGUGUGUAUGGGGGUUAGGAUGGGAGUUUGGAGCGUGCAUUGCAUUUUGCUCCUGAGCUGUCUGCAUAAGUUUUCCUCUGCUCACAAUGACUUCUUCACCUCCAUCGGUCACAUGACAGAUCUGCUGUUUACAGAGAAAGACCUGGUAACAUCACUGAAAGACUACAUCAAAGCAGAAGAGAGCAAACUGGAGCAGGUCAAACAGUGGGCAGAGAAGCUGGAUGCUUUAACAGUCACAGCCACACAGGACCCGGAGGGGUUUUUGGGUCACCCUGUCAAUGCAUUUAAACUGAUGAAGAGAUUAAACACAGAGUGGGGCGAAGUGGAAGAUCUGGUGCUUAAGGACAUGUCUGAUGGCUUCAUCUCAAACUUGACCAUUCAGCGGCAGUAUUUCCCUAAUGAUGAAGACCAGACGGGUGCAGGCAAAGCUCUCCUCCGACUGCAGGACACUUAUCGCUUGGACACACAGACCAUCUCCUCUGGAAAUCUGCCUGGCAUCACCACCACAGACCUGCCCUUCAAAAGCACACUGUCUGUAGAGGACUGUUAUGAGCUGGGAAAAAUUGCCUACUCUGAAGCAGAUUACUACCAUACGGAGUUGUGGAUGGCUCAGGCGCUCAAGCAGCUGGAUGAGGGGGAAGAAUCCAGCAUUGAGAUUGUGACGGUGUUGGACUACCUCAGCUAUUCAGUCUACCAGCAGGGGGAGCUGGAGAGAGCUCUUGAACAUACCAAGAGACUGCUUAGUGUGGAUGCCGAGCACAAGCGAGCCCUUGGGAACCUGAAGUAUUUUGAAUACCAGCUUGCCAAACAGACGAAGGCAGAGAAAGAGCAAAGUACCCAAGAGGAGAGCAAGAAAGAGCAAGAAAAGGAGACAAAGAAAAAGGAAUUCCUCCCUGAAAAGAGAAAAUAUGAGCAGCUAUGCAGAGGAGAAGGAAUCCGAAUGACCCCUCGCAGACAAAGGCGUUUGUUCUGCCGUUAUUAUGACAAUAACAGACAUCCGUUUUACGUGAUCGGCCCAGUAAAACAGGAGGACGAAUGGGACCGUCCACGUAUCAUCCGUUUCCACGACAUUAUAAGUGAUAAAGAAAUGGAGAAGGUGAAGGAGCUGGCCAAGCCAAGGCUGCGCCGAGCCACCAUCUCCAAUCCCAUUACUGGCAUUCUAGAGACGGCCCACUAUCGCAUCAGUAAAAGGCGUGCCACCGUGCAUGACCCCCAAACUGGCAAACUCACCACCGCCCAGUACAGAGUCUCCAAGAGUGCUUGGUUAGCAGCUUAUGAGCAUCCGGUUGUGGAUCGUAUAAAUCAGCGCAUAGAGGACAUCACAGGCCUCGAUGUCAAAACUGCAGAAGAGCUACAGGUGGCAAAUUACGGUGUUGGCGGACAAUACGAGCCUCAUUUUGACUUUGGACGGAAAGAUGAACCAGAUGCGUUUAAAGAGUUGGGCACAGGGAAUCGAAUAGCGACCUGGCUCUUCUAUAUGAGUGAUGUACCAGCAGGGGGCGCCACAGUCUUUCCAGAAGUCGGAGCUGCGGUAAAGCCAAAGAAGGGUACGGCAGUAUUCUGGUAUAAUCUCUUUCCCAGCGGCGAGGGAGAUUACAGUACGCGUCACGCUGCUUGUCCAGUACUGGUGGGCAAUAAAUGGGUUUCUAAUAAAUGGAUUCACGAGAGAGGGCAGGAAUUCAGAAGACAGUGUGGCCUGAAAGAGACGGAUUAAUCAAACCAAUGUCAUCCAUAACCGUCUUCCUUAUGUGCACCUCCGAUAUGAGAAAGCUAUAAAGACAGCACUCUGUGAUCAUCACAUUUAUUUUUAACUGAAGUGUGUGAUUUUUGUGUGUGUGCGCAUGCGUGUGUGUGCCAACCUAUGGGUUAUGUUACCUCUGUUAGUGCCUUUUGUCACAGCAGGGCUCCAAUAGAUGGAGCUUUUUCGGACAACACUCCACAACCCAGUGGUUCUCAAACUUUUCAGCAUGCGCCCCUCCUUGUGUAGGGUGCAUCCCUUAGAAUUAAACAAAGCAUAUUAAAUGAUGCAAUGUAGUGCUGUUGGUUUAGUUGCCUUAUUUUUCUGAGGUUUAAUAGCAAAGAGUUUAUGAAGAAUUAGUCAUAACUGGGGCACCAUCUCAUGCACAAACCCCGACCCCCAGUUUGAGAACCACUGCCAUAACAGAUCGUUUACUGUUGCACUGUAUAAUGUAAUCAUAUCAGAGCUGUUUAUAUGACCAAAGUGAAACGUGCAAAGACGACGCACAGAAUGAAUGUUCACAACAUUCACAGAAUGAUUGGGAACGGUUCAGAAUAAAAACGUGAUUUUUACAACA